UACAAUUUUCUGAUCAUUCAUAAAUACUGUCACUAUCCUCUUCUAUCUGUCUAUUGUCAACUUGACAUCCCAAAAUUCCCGAUAUGAUGAUAAUAAAAUUAUCUCCAUGAUAUUCCAUUAAUAUUUGCGCUCUGCCACUGCUAUUUAUUUUUCCACUACCAACUUGACAAACCAAAAUUCCCCACAACAGAAAACUACCACAGCACUAAUACAGUAUUCCUGGUGGGAACUCUCAUGUCGGUUGUUGGAGGAGUUUUCAUAGUUUUUGCUCUCAUGGCAUUAUGCUAUAGAUCUGUGGUGGUUCAUAAGAAUUUCUCUCUCUGUCUGAGAAGGAAAAGCCAAAGCAGUCUGCCGAAGUACGACCCACCCUACGUCAAGCCAAUGGCCAAGAAGUACUCGAAAUCCUCCAACCCAGAGGAAGAAGCCAUGGAAUGCGCCGACAAGAUUCGAUCCUUCGGCAACAUGACACCGUUCAAUGAACAACAAAGGUUGUUCAGAUCAAGCGGUGCCAUGAACCAUUCUGUUAGAGGAAUGCCUUCAUCUUAUGAGGAGCACAAAAUGCAUAAAAUGCAGCGAUUAGGUUUGGGUUCUGGGAGCGAGGAGGAACCUAUGCAUUCAG